UUCAGGUGCGGCGCGAGCAGGUGUGGGGGAAGGUGCGCUCUUCCGUCCUAAACCUAAACAUGUUUACAUCCGCUUGUAUUUCAUAAUGUACUAGCAAACGCAACUACAAUCGCCGGUAACACUCUUGACAUCAACGAUUUCGAUGAGUGAUGGUGAGGCUGGCUGGCUGAUUGGUGGGAUUAGUACAUACUGAAGCUGGACGUCUAUAGCGCACCCCCAACAAUAGUUCUGUACAUGUAGGUGAAGCUGGUGUCUACAGCCACACCCCCAACAAGCUGACAUAAUGAUGAGCAGCGAGUUUGUAUUGGAGCUCAUCAGCGUCUUCCACACAGGACCCGUGGAGCCCGGGUCCUGUGUGCAGAAGCUGGUGGGAAAUGUACCUACUGGAGUCAUCCUCAAGGACGUCUCCCUCGAGAUUCACGGUGGAGAACUGAUGGCCAUCCUGGGCUCCAAGGGUAGUGGAAAGCGUGCCCUGCUGGAGGUAAUCUCUCGGCGUGCACAGGGGCCCACCCGAGGUCAGAUCCUCUUGAACCAUGUGCCCAUGUCGCUACGCCUCUUCCAGGACUCCUGCGGCUACGUCACUCACCGGACACAGCUCCUGGAGGGACUCACAGCCAAGCAGACCCUUGAGUAUGCUGCCAAGCUCUCCCUCAGCUCCAAGAUUGGGAGUUCAAUGCGGAGUGGUCGAGUUCGGCAGGUGCUGGCCGAUCUGGCUCUCACUCAGGUGGCCAAUCGACCAGUGGAGCAGCUCACUCCUUCAGAGUACCGCAGACUCGUCAUCGGCGUCCAGCUCAUUAAGGAUCCUUUGGUGCUGCUGCUGGAUGAGCCAGCGUGGGGGCUUGACCCUCUCAAUACCUACUUCGUCAUCUCCAUCCUCAGUAACCAUGCCAAGAAGUAUAAUCGCAUCAUUAUUAUUACCAUGGAGAAGCCCAGGUCAGACAUCCUGCCCUUCCUGGACCGUGUGACAUACUUGUGUCUUGGUGAUGUGGUGUACACUGGCUCUACUAGACACAUGAUCGAUUACUUCAGGAGUAUUGGCUUUCCCUGCCCGGAGCUAGAAAAUCCACUUAUGUAUUACUUGUGUCUGUCAACAGUGGACCGCCGCUCAAGAGAGCGGUUCAUUGACUCCAAUAACCAGAUUGCUGCCCUGGUGGAAAAGUUCAAGGUCGAGGGUGGACCUUAUCGUAAAUACUCAGGGCCAUCUCCAGAUGUUGACCAUUUAGAACAUAAGGUGCCUCUAUCUGCAUAUGGCAGACCAGGAAUCUUCUCCACCAUGCUGGCCCUCUUGGGACGAGACUACACCAUGAUGUUCCCCUGCAGCUACGUUGGUGUUGAGCAGCUCUUCUUCAGGAUGUUCUUGCUGCCAGCAUUUUUCUUUCUCCUCUGGAACUUUUACUGGCAACUUGAGCCUUUCCAGCGGUCAUUCCAGAGUCGUGGAGGGUUGCUUUUCAAUUGCUUGGCUGGGACAGCCUUCCUUGCUACAGCUGCCACAUCUAAGACAUUUGCGCAGCACCGGACACGAUACUAUCAUGAGGCACGGGAGGGGCUCUACCGAGGACCACUCUUCAUUAUGAGCUACAACCUUUUCACUCUUCCUGUCUCCUACAUCAGUGUUAUGAUCGCCUCUGCUAUUGUUUAUUUCGGUCUGUCUCUGGAUGAUACCGAGGUGUCUGGCACAGACUGGUUGGGCUGGGCAAUAUUUGGGUCAGUGCUAUGGGCAGUGUGGGCAUUUGUAGAGCAACAAACUAUUGCUCUGAUGAUGAUUGUCAAGUCCUCGUACUCAGCUGGUGCCAUCUCCGUAGCUCUUACAACCUUCUACCUCCUCGUGGCCUCUGCUUCACUAAGGUCACUGGUGCAUCUUCCUGACUGGUUAUACUACCUGGGCCAUGUGAUAGUGUUGAGGUACGCCUCUGCAGUCUUGCAUGAACAAGUCUUUCUUGAUAAACUGCCCAACCUACCUGUCAAUGCCAGUGCCGACUGCCCAGACAACAAUGCUGAGUACGGCUGCCGCUACAGAAAUGGCACUUACUACCUCUUGGAGCGCUAUCACUUCCCCGACAAUGGUCUCGAUCUCGGUCGUCAAGAUCUUGAUCUCUGGUCCAACUUUGGUCUUUCUUUUGCCUUCUUUGGUGGAAUGUUUCUGCUCAACUUAGUUCUAUAUUUAGUGCCACUGCCUUCCUUUAUUAAGUCAAAAUUCAGAGAUUAAUGAUGUGUGCAAAACUUAAAAAAAAAAAAUAAUAAUAAUUACAUCCAUUAUUUAUUUCUUGAGCACAAGAUAGGUUACACGUUUCUAUCAUGUAUGUGUUUGCAGCAUAAAUUUCUAAAAUAAGUUUUCUCAUUACAGCACAGUAUUAAUAUAUCAAAUUGUGACAAGCUCUGGUGGUAUUUUCAAUAACAAUAGGAGGUAUGUAUUGCAUUACAAUAUUGUUUGUUAAAAGAAUAUAAAAUUCAAAACAUUUAA